UGACUCACCACUUUUGUGUGUGUCAGACUCAAAGAUGCCAGUCCCAGCUUAGCAGCUUCCACCUUCUCAUUGACAGCACUAUCGUCGUCAUCAUCAUCUUCAUCACCAACACCAUCACCGUUGUCCCACACCCCACGAGACCAUGACAGAACGUCUUCGAUACUCUGGACGCACCCCUCAAGAGCAAGAGGAGUACCUGGCUCAACAGCCAGACUGCCUGCCGGUCCAGCUCGAGCGCCUGCAGGUGCAUCUGGAGAGUGCGAAAACCACUGGGCACGUUGACCGUGGGUUUGUGGAGGAACGCUUGCGCCAGAUUGAUGAGCUGGUGACCCAAAAUGCCUCCGCCCUCCUCCGUCCGCAGGAGCAGGACAAGUUCCGGGAACUGUUUCAGCAGCUGCGCAGCCGAGGCUUUGACAUUGAGGGCGUGCGCACCAUGCUGAAGGACUGCAACGACGCCCUGUUCAUUGUGCGCCCGUUUGCCGUCCACAGGACGGAGGAGAUUGUCAAGGAGACCAUGGCCAACAAUGACGCCGUGCCUUGGAAGGGGCGGGCUUGCAUCAUGCUGCUGGGUGCGUCCAGUGCUGGCAAGACCACAACAGGCCUGUAUCUGACCGGAUACGACAUGGAGCUGCGAGAGGAAGACGGCUACACGUACCCUGGGCCAGCGCCUGAUCAAGACAUGCCCAUUCCGGAGCAAGCCUGCGUGCAGCCUCGACCACACGCGGAAACGUCGUGUGUGUACGUCGUUGGGGCGCUACCGGGCGACCGCCUUCGCCCCUAUGGAUAUCGCGGCGAGGGCACCGAAGUCCUGGUCCUCGACACCCCUGGCUUGAACGAUGACCUUGGAGCAGCGGUAGACCUUGCCAACCUGCUGACGAUCCGCCACAGCUUGGAGGAGGCAGGCGAGGUGUACCCCGUGCUUCUGCUGCCGAAUGAGGGCGGAAACAUGGACACGACGCGCCGCUGCCUGCACACGCUGAUCAAGCUGUUUGCCAACCCAACGCAAGCGGUGCGACGGUGCACGUUCCUGUUCACCCGCAACACGGACACCGCGGAUGCCAUCCCCAACCUCAAGGCAUCCGUGGCGGUGCUGCAUGAGGACGCCGCGACGCUGCCGGUCGAUGACCCCUUCCGGGCGGCUGUCAACGAGCUGCACGCACGCCUGCAGGAAGAAACAACGGCAGACCUCGCGCCGCCACAUCACACACUUGCGCGCGAUCUUUGCGUGGUGCGGCCGCUGGACCGCACGCGCAUCGACGACCACCUGCGACAGAUUGUGAGUCGCGGAGGCAUCACCAACCGCGAGCUCAACCAAGACCUACAGCUUCCAGAUGCAGCCAGCGAUUGCGUGAGCAACGAAGUGCAGUGCAUCGAGCACGUGAUCAGCAGCCUGUGUGCAGGCCAGCAGGCCAAGGAUCUGCGCGUUGUGCUGUUCCAGCUGUGGCGCCUGCGCAGGCUGCAUGCGCUGGUGCCGCUGCCGUACGUGAAGAGCGCCCUCGGUCGGUGCAAGACUGACACGAACAAGCUCCUGCAGUUUCUGCGCGACAAGGUGCAGGCGCAGCUGGAGGUGGCUGCGCAGGACACGCAAUCGGCCAUUGGCGAUGAGCUGACUGCGCUGCUGACGACGUUCAAGAACGACCUUGCGUACGCGCGGGAUGAUGGCAUGGAGCACGCGCUGUUUGCGUCGCUCGCCUCCUACCCAGACCUGCUGGAGCCGCACAUUGCUGCACUGAAGGAGGUCAACGACAACUGCAUGAGGACCCCAGAGAACGCAAGGGUGCUGUCCGUGCGGCUGUUCAAGCUGUACGAGCUGUGCAGCCUGCUGCCGCCUGACCGUGCGACACUGGCGCACGCGUACAUUGCCGCUGGCCAGCGGCUUGUGGCUGUUGUUGCUCGGAGGCAGGCCAUCUGCGUUGGGGCGUUGCAGUCCGACACGGUGGGAGAGCGCGGCAACAGCGUCGCUCUGCUGCUGGCCUGUGUUGCGCUGCUGUCCCGUCACUUUGAGCUGAAGGGCGACGACCUUGUGCCCAACGAGCGCCGCCCUGAUUCUCGCGAUCCACAGCAAGACCGCACGCAGCUCACAUCACGCCUUGGGCGGUGGUACUCUGCCUUUCAAGGUGCCUUGCAACAACACAUCCGUGAGGCAUGUGCAAAGGCCAUCCAUACGCUGAACAACGCCGAGAUUCCGGUUGCCGAGGAGCCGAGCCGAAACGGCGCCGUGCUGGAGGCGUUUCGGCUGGUUCGCAGCGUCCAUGACUGCCCGCAGCUGCUGGAUGUGGUGACGCAGGAGUUCAUGACACAACAACGUACGGACUGCAUCGAGGCCGUCAACGACUUCAUUCGCAGGGCAGAAGGGUACAUGCUACAGCUCGCCACCUCCCAUCGGGUCAAUGACACACCUGACAUGGUUCAAGCUUUCCGUCAGGGCGUUGCCUUUGAGACGUUUGAGGAGGAAGAGAUCAAAAGGCGGGUGGACAGCUUCAAGCAGACUGGACAGCGAAGGCUGGAGGAGGUGCACAGCCAACUCGGCAACAGUGCGGGCUUGGUUGCAACUGUACUGCACGAGGUUCUCGGCGUUCUUUUGCCACAGCAACAUCGAGAACAGCAACAGCAACAGCAGCAGCCACAGCAGCAGCCACAGCAGCAGCCACAGCAGCAGGCGGGUGAACUGCUUUCAACGAAGAUGAAGCGGGUGCUUGCUGCAAUCCUGAUUGCUGUUCUCGCCAUGAUCCUCGUCAACUUCAAGGGUACCUCACAGUAGAGAAUCCACUGCGCGUGGAUGCGUGCGUGUGCGUGUGGUGUGAAUGCGAAGGUGCCUGGCGGUUUGCUUGAAUGCACCCGCGAGCUGUUCCUACUUGCUGGUACCUCAGGUGCUGCAACUGUGCUCCUUGCUUGUUUCUUUCAAUCGUGUUGCUCCUUCUUUCCGUCCGCCUACAACCAACAACAUAGAUAGUUCUUUCCAACCAACCAAGCUGCUGAUGUACUCGUAAUGAUGUGGCGAUGGUGUUCUUCUCAUUUGAAGUACACACGAAACAAAC